AUGGCGGAGCUCGCCCUCGGCGUCGUCGGUGUAGUGCCAAUCGUUGGAUUUGUUCUCCAGUCCUACAAGGCCAUUUCCAAGACGUUCCGUGACUUCCGGCACUGUUCAACCGUCGUCAAGAGAACCCGGAUCAUUCUCACGUACCAGGAGAGGAUCUUCAAGAACGAAUGUCAGUUACUACUGCAGCGUGCGCACCGCGGAGAUGAUGCAGUCGAUGAAAUGUUGGACGACCCUGAUCACCCCGAAUGGAUGAACGUAGACCUGGACCGAAAUAUCACCGUAUGGCUGGGCAGCAAUCGCGAAGCGUACCUGUGUACUGUAGAGGCGUGCUCGGAGGCGCUCGAGGGACUCCGGGAACAGUGCAAAGAAUUUGAGGCUGUGUAUGCCCAACAGAAGACGGGCGAACGGCUAAAGGACACCGUACGGCGCCUCCGCAAGGUACAAGAAGGAUUCAAGAUUGCUAUCAACGAGGCUGAAUACUGCCGAGUCAUAGCGAACCUGAAAGAGUCGACCGAGGCCCUCAUCUUGCUCAGGACGCAGAUCCUGGAUCUUGAGAAAGGGGGGACGGCAAUCCGCGUGAAGAGCAGACCACCGCCGCCCAACGAAUGGGCAAGCGUACAGAAAACCCGCCGCGCAUCGCAAGCCCUCCAUGAAGCGCUGUCAGAGGCUUGGAACUGUGGACAGGCAGUCCAUGAGAGACAUUUCGUCAAGCUCUUUACCGAAAGUGAGCUCAUCUGCAACGAGAUCCAGCUUAGCCUUGCUUUCGCCAGCCAGGACAAUGCUCAUGAGACGGGAUUCAGCACACUGGUAGAGCUGGUCGUGCGGUCUCAGGCGCUGGAACAUCCCAAGCUUCCGUCUAUCAGGCUGCCUACCGGUAAGGAUGUGCUCAGAUCGUCCAACCGAGUAAUCGAGGUCGACACCGACCUUCCACGAACAGACCCUCAGUCACAUAUAUCUUAUGAUCUUCGUUCUACAAAAGACUUUUGCUGGGAAUUAACGCAGAGGGCUCAGCCACUUCCGCAAAAGGCCGCUACCGUGUGUAUCGGCCACCUCGACAUCACUACGGACCCAGGCUAUAGGUACUCGUUCUUCCCAAGGCUCCAUGAUAUUGCCUGUUGCAACCAAGCGGUAUCACUUUCACAGAUGCUCAAUUCUUCAACAUGGGACUCCGUGUCUAUUGUGACUAAGCUCAAGCUUGCGCGGGCUCUCGUUCUGGCGAUACUCAGAUUUCACUCGACGCCUUGGCUUAAUGACGUGUGGCGGCUGCAGGAUCUCUCUAUCUUCUCGCGGAGCCAAGAUGAUUUGUCUGAAACCCUCGGGACUCUACAUGUCGGUGUUGGCCUUGCACAGAAGGACACACGCCGGCAAGUAGCAGACUCAACGGAUGAAAUUCAGGUGGCAGCGAACCACCAGACUGCGGGGGCGGAUUAUGACCAGUUGCUCUAUGGCGUUGAUAACCUCAGCCUGCACAGCCUCGGCGUGGCAUUGCUCCAGAUUGAUAGGUGGCAGAGCUUGGAGAUCGAGACGCCCGACGACAUUGUUGGGGUCCGGCGGAUGUCGAGGUGUCGCUUUUCCCUCGGACCGCAGUACGGCGAGAUUACAAGAAAGUGUCUACGUUGUGACUUUGGCCACGGCUACGACUUGACGAAACCGGAGUUGCAGGAGGCGGUUUACAACAACACGAUAGGGGUGCUAGAGGAGAUGAUAGGCGUACUGGAUUUCGGCGAGGAGAAUGAAGAGUCUUUCUGA